AUGAAGCCCUCCGGGGAUACGCCAGCUUCCGCUGGGCCCGGGCCUACUCGUCCUCUGGCGUCGAGGUCCAGGAUAAGCGACGACAUCAACCCCGAAGUUCUGGUCAACUACCUCUAUCAACAGCAAUGUUUGAAACUCUGGGUGCGUAGUGGCUCGGGGGAGGAUAAUGAAGGUGUUGUUUUGCGGAAGAAAGGAGGCCAAUAUCUUGCGUGCCCUCCACAGCCGGCAGGAUCUCUAUUGCUUAAGGCUGCCGCCGCGCUCAAAGUCGAGUGCCUUAUGACAGUGAAUUCAAAUGUCAUAAAAACCUUCCUGCGGUGGUUCACUGAGCUAGAAGUGCCCUUUAACAACGGCUGUCGAGCCCAAGUUCUUCCCACUAUUGAAGCUCUCGCCCGCGCCAAGAGGCAGAAUUUCGCUGCCUUCGUGGCAUCAGAGGGCCUUUUGGUUGUUUGGGAUGAAGAUGCACUGCAUAUCAUAUCGCGAGCUUCUGGGAUUGAAUCACAGCUCAUGGAUCUUAUGUGGAAAUCUGACGACAAUAAUGAUGAGGCAGAUGAGUAA